GCUUUAUCCACAUUUCCCCACCCUGCAACGGUCACCAUUUCCGCCUUCUAUUUAUCUCUCCAGUCCUUCGUCUCUCUACCUUCAACCCCUUCUCUCUCUCUUAAACCAUUUCUCUCUCCAUUGGCUAUGGCGUCUCUCCUCUGUCUCUGCAUUCUCUUCCCCUGUUUUCUCUCUGUUUCUCAUGCUUAUACGUUCUACGCCGGUGGAAAGGAUGGGUGGGUUCUCAACCCCUCUGAGAGCUACGAAAAUUGGUCUCAUAGAAACAGGUUUCAGGUCAAUGAUGUUAUUGUGUUUAAGUAUGCGAAAGGGUCGGAUUCUGUGUUGGUGGUGAGUAAAGAGGGUUAUGAAAAGUGUGAUUUGAAGAAUCCGAUUAUGAAAUUGGAGGAUGGGAAUUCGGAGUUCAAGUUUGAUCGUUCUGGGCCUUUUUAUUUUGUUAGUGGUAAGCAGGGGAGCUGUGAGAAGGGCCAGAAAUUGAUGGUGGUUGUGUUGGCUCAGCGCCCUCCUCCGCCGUCUACGGUGGGAGCCCCGCCACCUUCUGGAGCGGCGCCAUCCUACUCGCCUCCGGUUUUGCCUUCUCCUCCUGAAGCUAAGCCGCCAGGAGUUUCUCCCUCUCCGCCGUCUGGUUCUCCUGGAGCCAAAUCGCCUUCUGGUUCUCCACCAUCGGCGACACCCACUUCGCCGUCUCCACCGUCGGGGACACCCACUUCACCUUCUCCAUCUGGGUCUCAUUCUCCGGCGCCAUCAGGGUCUCAUUCUCCCGGUGGGGCAAAAUCUCCUUCUGGUUCUCCGCCGUCGGGGACACCCAGUUCGCCGUCUCCUUCUGGGUCUCAUGCUCCGGUACCAUCAGGUUCUCAUUCUCCUGGUUCGCCGUAUCCUGGAGCGAAAUCUCCUUCUGGUUCUCCGCCGUCGGGGACACCCAGUUCGCCGUCUCCUUCUGGGUCUCAUGCUCCGGUACCAUCAGGUUCUCAUUCUCCUGGUUCGCCGUAUCCUGGAGCGAAAUCUCCUUCUGGUUCUCCGCCGUCGGGGACACCCAGUUCGCCGUCUCCUUCUGGGUCUCAUGCUCCGGUACCAUCAGGUUCUCAUUCUCCUGGUUCGCCGUAUCCUGGAGCGAAAUCUCCUUCUGGUUCUCCGCCGUCGGGGACACCUAGCUCGCCAUCUCCGUCGUCAGGGACACCUAUUUUGCCAUCUCCGCCUUCGGGAACACCCAGUUCGCCGUCUCCUUCUGGGUCUCAUGCUCCGGUACCAUCAGGUUCUCAUUCUCCUGGUUCGCCGUAUCCUGGAGCGAAAUCUCCUUCUGGUUCUCCGCCGUCGGGGACACCUAGCUCGCCGUCUCCGUCGUCAGGGACGCCUAUUUUGCCAUCUCCACCUUCGGGAACACCCAGUUCGCCGUCUCCGUCUGGGUCUGAAAGUCCGAUGUCCACGCCAGUGCCGGCCGGUUCCCCCACUUCUCCGUUGCCGGGAACGCCCACUUCACCUUCUCCAUCUGGGUCUGGAACUCCAGUGACCACACCAGCCCCGGCCGGAUCUCCUUCAUUAAGUCCGGGAGCGCAAUCUCCGACUACGGGAACACCCACUUCGCAGUCUCCAUCUGGGUCCGCCGGUUCUCCCACUUCACCUUACCCUGGAGCAAGCUCUCCGUCAGGAUCAUCACACAUUUCGCCGUCCCCUUCCGAUUCUGAAACACCAACAUCAUCACCAGUCCCGGCCGGUUCUCCCACUUCCACAAUACCCGGAGCAACCUCCCCGUCAGGAUCACCGCCCCCCGGCGGCGCCGCCUCCCCCGGAUCAUCUCCGGCAGGAUCACCAUCCUCAGAAUCAAAUUCCCCCUCCACUUCGCCAUCUCCAGCCGACGCCAUCACGCCCACAUCGACCGAAGGGCCAAUUGGUCUACUCCCACCUGAGUCCAAUGCUCCCAUAAAUUCCCCGCCGUCUCCACCAUUAUCUCCGUCGUCUUCCUCAGGAGAAGCACCAUCACCAAGAGGCUCUGCAAAUGACACAACACCGUCAACACCACGAUCGUCCGCCAUAGCUUCAACUCCAUCAGUAAUUUUGCUGGGUUCCAUUACUGUUGUGUUAAGCAUGAUCAUCAAUGGAGGAUCUCUUAUGAAUUUCACCUAAGAAGGACAACGAAGAUAAAUCUCAUUUUUAAUAAUUAGAAUUUUGUGAAUAAAAUUGAGAGAAAUUUCUCCAAUAAUAUUGUUCUUCUAUUUUUCCCCUUUCA